CUCUUUCCGUCCCAGGCGAUUCCUCUUCGCGCCAGUCAGAAUGGAGAAGCAACCCGGAGAGCAAGCAGCCGCCGAGCCCGCGGACUCCGGAGCGGGAGGCGGGGAAGGCGGGUCACCACAGGUCGCCGGCGCCCAGACGGCGCGUCCCGAGGACCGCUUGACCCUGCUGCUCAGGCUAAGAGCACAGACAAAACAACAACUCUUGGAAUAUAAAUCAGUAGUUGAUGCAAAUGAAGAAAAAACUCCAGAACAAAUCAUGCAAGAUAAGCAAAUUGAAGCUAAAAUUGAAGACCUGGAAAAUGAAAUUGAAGAUGUGAAAAUUGCUUUUGAAAUAAAAAAGCUUGCAUUAGACAGGAUGCAACUUUCGGCUGCACUUAAAAAAAACCUGGAGAAAAUUAACCCCAAGACUAGUGUGCUCAUGGAUAACAUGAAACAUGUAUUAAAGCUAAACAAAUUAAUAAUGAAAUCACACCAGGAAUCUUGGGAUUUGGAGGAAAAACUACUUGAUGUUAGGAAGAAGAGAUUACAAUUAAAACAAGCUUCAGAAAGUAAGCUUUUAGAAAUACAAACUGAAAAGAACAAACAGAAAAAUGAUUUGGCCAAUAUGGAAAAUUCAGACAAGAUAAAGACCAUACAACAAAACCUGCAGAUGGAGAUACAAAUUACGACAGUUAUUCAACAUGUGUUUCAGAACCUCAUUUUAGGAAGUAAAGCCAAUUGGGCAGAGGAUUCUGCCUUUAAGGAAACCGUUCUACAGCUUGAGAAGAAUCUCACCAUGAUCUAAUAAGAAUUCUGUUUUAUUUUUUGUUUCAGUCUUUAAUAUGUCAUUUAAAUAGCAAAUUUAAAGUAAAAUUUUUAGUG